AUGGGGGACGAUGAUUACCAACAGAUGGGGGACAAUGAAGAAAUUGGAGAUGCUAUUAGUGAUGAGACUAGUACCAAUGGAAGUAUAAGCGAGGAUAGUGACUUUUUAGUGGAUGAACUUAAUAUGGUGGAGGAUGUCGAAGUGAAUAUGAAAGACUUCCACAGUGGUGUUUAUUCUUUUCCAAAUCUAGAUAACCACCAAUCAUUCAAUGCACCUGAUGUCACAGUUGAUGACGAUUUGGAGGUGAUAGAUACACAGUUGUUUGAAUCAGCUGGUGUAGAAGAAGAUGAGAGGAAGAAGUUAAUGAGAAGGUUAAACAAACCAACCACGUGUUCAUCAGGAGUAAUACAUGAAACUGCAUCCUAUCUGGGUCAAAUAUUUAAGUCCUCAUCAGAAGCGAAGGACUACAUUAAAAUGCAUUCAAUUCGAACUAGGAGAAACAUUUAUUUUGCAAAAAAUGAUAAACAAAGAAUUAGGGCAAAAUGCAGGGGUGUGGUCCUAGAAAUGACAGGGGGCAAGAAGCUUAGCAAGGCAAAGAAGCAGGGAGAUGGAAAAAAGGAGAAAUCCAAAAUGAAAGAGAAAACCAAACUUAAGGAUAAAUCCAAAAUGAAGGAAAAAGUUUGA